GCAGGUGGCGGAACCACUGAGCUAAAUCCCCAGCCCUAUGUUUCCUUCAUUCUUAUCCCCUAUCUCAGUAGAUGCCAAAUAAAUGCUUUUGAUUAUUGAUGAUAAAAACUGGAGGUGACAGGUAUGGAGGGGUUUGGUGUGGUAGGAAGAGUCCUAGGCUACGAAUUAGGAGACCUGGGUUCUUUGUUUCCAUCUGGCCACUUCGCCUCUCCUCUUCGGCCCUCAGUUUCCUCAUUCAUAAAGGGGUCGGAUCAGUUACCAAGAUUACAGCAACACUGAAGUGACUUGGUCUUAGGAGACCUGAAUUUGUUGGUCUCAGUUCGCCACUGUUUCUCCUGUUCCCUGCUGUCCUCCCCUGUCCCAUCUUAUGCAGUUUGUACAUUUGUCCUUUGAAGGCAUUUGAAUUGAUGACCCUUCCCUACUUAGACUGUGUCUUGGAUCGGUUGUAAGGCAUUUGACCCGUGCUCAGCUUUGAAACCUCAGUGAUGUCUGUUUAUCAUCAUCACCCCGGGGGAUGCUAAGCAUCACGUCUGGGGUGAGGUAGAGGGCAGGGAGAUGCCCAGGAUAGAACUGCCCAUAGGCUCCUGGGGAGACGUGCAUUAAGGCUCAUAAACAGCCCAAGUGACUUAUGCUAAGUCACUGAAUGCUUCUGGACCUUGGAGGGAGGAGAGAACACCAAUCUGGGGCAGUCAGGGAAGAGUUUCUGCAGGUGGAGAGAUGGGAAUUCUAUUCAUUCCUUAAGGAUGAGUCCACUGAGUUGUUUGUUCGGAGUCACACAGGGACAGACUGGGCUUAGCUGCUGGCAUCACUGCACAUGUGCUGCUGUGUUCUCUUGGUGGCAUCUGUUGAGUAUUUAUGUGUCCUGGACUCCAAGCUAGGUGGGUCUGCGUAUUUUGAUCAGUCAUAUGAACUCAGAGAGGUGUCGCUAGAUCUCUUACUCACAUCAAGGAACUGGCCUCAGAGUAGUUAGCAAACUCUGUCCAGGCUUCUCAGCUGUUAAUGGAGAGUUGGCCAAUGGGCCUGUCUCCAGAUUCAGUCUCUUCCUACAGCAGCGUGGUCUGCAGGGCCACCUCCUUGGCAACACACACACAUAUGGUGCAUCACUGACUGCAGUUGCCUGCCCUACUUAUCCCACUGCCCUGAGCUCUGUGUCACGUCCUUCCUCGCUGCCUUCCUGUUCUGCCUUCAGCCCUCAGAGCCAGGUUAAUGAGCUCCUUGAGCUAUCUGCAAAGCGGGGCUUGGGUCAAUUCUUUUCUCUCUCUGAGGGGUGCUGCUGCUGGUGGUAUGGGUGACUUCUGUAAACCAGUGAACAGUGGAUAUGCAGCUGGUCUGAACUCACUUCCAAUUCCCUUACCCACUUUAAUCUUGGCCAGGUUACUUAGCCACCCUAUGCCUUGGUUUCCUUCCCUGUAAUAAAUGGAGUUGGGGACGUUUCUGUGUCUUUAUGUCUUACUACCUUGUAAUUCUAACACCUUAGGAUUUUGUCUUCCUCACUCUUCUCUAAGCCUUUUCUCCCUAGUGAUUCAGUUUCCUUCUCUCCUUUCCAGCCCCUCCCCCCAUUUCUUACUGAUUGCCCAGCAUCAGGCUGGGAAUCAGGUCUGCAGGCCAACAGGGUAACCACCCCUCCCUCUUGGCACAUGGGAAGGGAAUUCCUGAGACUUCCCACAUGCUAGACUGUGGGCUCCAGGUUGCCUGGGUAUCCCUACUUCCUGCCAUGCAAGAGGAACCUGGCAGAUCCAGGUGGGGAGAACAGGGGAGCUGGAGGAGUUUUAUGGUUAGGCUCAGAGGCAAUGGGAUGAGGGACAGGUGCCUUUUCCUGCAGUUGGCUGUGCCUCACCUUUUCCCCAGCACCCCGCCUGUUGAGUCAUAGGCCAGCACACACCUGAACCCUCACACCUGCCUGGCCACUGGUUCAAAGCAGGGGCCCUGAGUCUAGUGAGGUCAUACAUGUUGAUCCUCCCAGAAGAGCAGUAGUGUCCAGCUGCCCUCGCCCUUCGACAGGCAGAUCAGCCAUGCAAAGGCCAAGUUGGAUGCAGCCUGGGCACUGGGUCCCCAGAGAGGAGGCAAAGGCCCCUUUGUGAAGAGCAGACCAGCCCACGGGCUGGCAGUAAGACACCUGAGUCUGCAUGCUGAAGAAGAUGGGUGAGGCGGUGGCCAGAGUUGCGAGGAAGGUCAAUGAGACAGUGGAGAGCGGCUCCGACACGCUGGACCUGGCCGAGUGCAAGCUGGUUUCCUUCCCCAUUGGCAUCUACAAGGUCCUGCGGAAUGUCUCGGACCAGAUCCACCUCAUCACACUGGCUAACAACGAACUCAAGUCCCUCACCAGCAAGUUCAUGACCACGUUCAGUCAGCUCCGAGAGCUUCGCCUAGAAGGGAACUUCCUACAUCGUCUCCCCAAUGAGGUUAGCGGCCUGCAGCACCUCAAGGCUAUCGACCUGUCCCGGAACCAGUUCCGAGACUUCCCAGAGCAGCUCACCACCCUGCUGAUGCUGGAGACUAUCAACCUGGAGGAGAACGAGAUCGUGGAUGUGCCCAUGGAGAAGCUGGCCACCAUGCCAGCCCUGCACACUGUCAACCUGCGCUUCAACCCGCUGAGUGCCGAGGUGCGCGUCAUCGCCCCGCCACUCAUCAAGUUUGACCUGCUCAUGUCCCCGGAGGGUGCACGAGCCCCUCCACCGUAGGCCACCCUCUUUGUGCCUACCCAGCAAGGGCCAGAGGCCACUGGCCUGUGCACCCUGGAGGAGGGUGGCCCAUGGGCCCAUGGGGGUCUAAGCUUAGGGGAAAGGGGGGUGGGCCAGAUAGUGUGGCGGGGAGGGUGUUGCCACUGUCCCAGGGCAGCUAGCUUAGAGCCAUAGUGGGCCCUGGACCGCCCCGAGGGCAGAGGCAAGGCCGUGCUGGCUCUACAGACUCUCUGAGCCUUGUCACUUGGAAAGAAAGGUGGCAGCCCAGAGCCUUUCCUCGUUUGGACUCCUUGGAAGUUUUACCUCCAAAUCAUCAGGCACCUUCUGAGCUCUGGGAAGAGCACUGCUAAGUAUUUUCUGGGCCCUGUGGGUGCAAGGCCUUGUUUCUAGUGCUCAGAGCCACGCACUGCCCUAAGAGGAGAAGAUGACAACCCUCAUCUAUUUAUUGCUUCCUGAGAACUGAAUUGAAUAAGACCCUUCCCAGGACCUCACCCCCAGCAAUAUGGGUUCCUCGGCUGGGGUGGGGGCCCUGGACCGGAAGUCCUGGGCAUGUGUGGAGAGGGUAACUGCAUAGCAGGGCGAGAAUGUCUGUGAAGGAGCCGGGACCCAGGGAGAAAACCAGGGCUGCUCCAUCUGUGCUCAUGGUGAAGAGAACUGUGGGAGUCUCUGAGUGCUCAGCCCUCCUCAGGGAGUGGCCAGCUGUGCCUGCUCAUCAACCCCUGAGCCACAGGAGGGUGGCCCAGAGAGAACAAAGCCAUUCGUGCCUAUGGCACUGGUCCAAAGUAAUUAGAUGGCUGCCCUCACCAUGUUCCCCAUGUAAGCGAAGCCCGGCGGCCUUGUCAUGGCCCUCUGGAGACAGAAGAUGCUGUAGGCCACUGGAUUUAUAGCCUGCCAGCUCCAAGGCCACCCCUGAAGUCCCUGAUGACCUAGCUAUUUUAAGGCCCUCACUCUGAGUCUAGGGUGUGGCAGGUAGCAGGGUGACAAGCCAUUCUGUUUUGCCUGGAAUGGGGAUUUCACAGGAUGUUGGAUUUCUAGUGCUAAAAUGGAGACAGUACGAGGCAGGCAGGGAUGGCUGGUCCCCUUCCAGAAGAGUCCUGGGGCUUUUGCUUUCUGGUAAAACCUGUGCUUUGAAUCCCCGACGUCUACCUCCCACAUCUCAUCUCAGUGACUCAGUGCCCCAGGCCCCACCUGGUCUGUACCUCUGCCUGGCCCUGGAGAAGCCUGAGGCCACAGGACGUGGGCAGAACUGGGCCACUUCACCACUUCUGGAUUUAGGCUAUCCAGAGCUCAGAGCAGGAACCCAUUGUCAGCAUCUCCCCCACUUCCCUUUCCCUCUCAGGUGUUGUCUCUUGGUAAAGGACUGACAGGUUGGACACUGAUUAGCCCUUGUCACUCAGUACUUGGUGUCCCAAGUGAUACCUUGCUCCUUCUGAGGAGGCCAGGUUGGCCAAACUCUAGAGAAAGGGUUUCCAGAGUGACGAGGCUCCAGGGAUACUGAGUUCAGCCAUGGACAAUGAAGGUAGUGGACACUCAAGUGCAGUCCAGACUGGGCUAGUCCCACUCUGUACCUGGAGCAGCGUUUUUCUUUUUGAGGAAGAGCCUGAAACAAACCAUUGCAUGGCUGCAGCUUUGCAAAGGGAAGCACAGUCAGUGGACAAGGAACUGCAGCAUCACGGGGAGCCUGUUAGAAACACAGCAUCUUGAAGGGCGUGGUGACGCACGCCUGUGAUCCUAGCACUUGGGAGGCUGAGGCAGGAGGAUCACCGCGAGUU